ACCUCUGGUACCCAUGUGUCUGAAGUGAAAUGCUAGGCCAGGUGUCCUGGGACAGUAGUACCUUAAAUGGGAAGGAUUCAAUAGUGCCACUGCCUAGUGGUAAGGGGGUCAAGGUGGGGCAUUGGACAGACCUAGGUUAAGGGCUAUAUCUGCUACCCCUCAGCUGUGUGACUUUGUAACCUCUCUGAGCCUCUGUUUUCCUAUCUGAAAGAGUGGGCUAGUAGUGAGGGAACCAACCUCCAAGAACUGGUGUGAGGAUGUGGUGUGUGGUGUGGUUGGCCUGGGGCCUGCUGAUGGCUCUUAUCAUGAUGGCUCUCGUUGGCUUCCAGCCUUGCCAGUUCUCACUUCCUGGCCUGCCUGCUGUUCCAACUACACUCUUGACAGUCCUCACAUUGUGCCUUUACAUGCACAGGCCCCUUAUCCAGAACACUCCUUUAGCCCCCCAGGGCUGUCAGAAAACUCUUCAUCUUUCAGUUUAUCUCAAUGCCAUUUCCUGCAAAGUGUUUCUGACCUCCUCUGCCUCCUGCCUGACCCUUCUCCCACCCUGCCUUUGUCACAUGGGUUUCUUCUCCCCUCUGAACUUGGAUUACCCAGGGUGGCUUCAUUCUGCCUUAGGUGGUAGCUGUUGGGCAUUUGUCCUAACCCCGAUUAGAUGGUAUGGACUUCAAGAGCAGGGACGAAGGAUCCUCCAAGAUUCAGUCCAGGCUUCUUCUGUGACACUUGCCCCACCUGGCCCCAGUGGAAAAGGCCACUCCUUCCUGUGCCCACACCUCUGUCUGCACUGAGUAUAUGGUUGGCCAUUUCUUGUUUUCUCACUGUCUCCCUAACCAGAUUGUGAAUGUCUUAAUGGCAGGAACCCUGACUUACUCAUCUGUAACCACAAUGCCUAGUAAAUGGAGUAGGCACUUGGUGUUUUUUUAUUUUUUUGUUUUUUUUUUUUAAAUAAAUGACUGGUUCCUCUUUGUAUUAUAGCUUUAGCAUAGUGCAUAGAGCAAGGGCCUAGUAUAUAUAUAUUUUUUAAGUUAACCAAGUCCCCUCAUUUUCCAGAUAAGGAAACUGAGGCCAGAGAGGUGACCUGAUAUACCCAAGGUCAUGCAGAAUGUUAAUGGCAGAGAACUAGAAGCAGGUUUCCUUACUGCCAUGGAGUGGUCAUUCUGCAUCACAACACCUGCUAGAAAUCAGGGUGAAAUGGCCCACACCUGUCGUGGCACCAUCAACCUGUCCACCGCGCACUUUGACACGGAGGACUCUUGCAGUAUCGUGCUGACCAGUGGGGCAAGGACCUACCACCUCAAGGCCAGCUCGGAGGUAGAGCGGCAGCAGUGGAUCACCGCCCUGGAGCUGGCCAAGGCCAAGGCUGUCUGCAUGAUGAGCAGCCACUCAGAUGACUCUGGGGACGAAGACGACGAGACUGCCUCUCCAGCUGACAAGAGCGAGCUACACAGCACCAUCAAGAGUCUCUCCUUGAAGUUGGACGACCUCAGCACGUGCAAUGACCUCAUCGCCAAGCACGGUGCCGCCCUCCAGCGCUCACUGAGUGAGCUGGACAGCCUCAAAAUCCCAUACGAGAGCAGUGAGAAGCUGAAGGCUGUGAAUGAACGGGCCACCCUCUUCCGCAUCACCUCAAAUGCUAUGAUCAAUGCCUGCAAGGACUUCUUGGAACUAGCAGAGACACACAGCCGGAAAUGGCAGCGUGCAUUACAGUAUGAGCAAGAACAGCGCAUCCACCUGGAAGAGACCAUUGAGCAGCUAGCCAAGCAGCACAAUAGUCUCGAACGGGCCUUCCGCAGUGCCCCCGGCCGUGCCACCAACCCCACCAAGAGCUUCAGCGAAGGAAGCCUCUUAACUCCCAAAGGAGAGGACAGUGAGGAAGAUGAAGAUACCGAGUACUUCGAUGCCAUGGAAGACUCUACAUCUUUCAUCACGGUGAUCACCGAGGCCAAGGAGGACAGAAAAGCUGAGGGUGGAACCACAGGCUCAGUGGACUGGACGUCAUCAGACAAUGUGCUAGAUGGUGCCUCACUUGUGCCCAAGGGCCCCCCCAAAGUCAAGAGACGUGUCCGCAUCCCUGACAAACCCAACUACAGCCUUAAUCUCUGGAGCAUCAUGAAGAACUGCAUCGGCCGGGAGCUCUCCAAGAUCCCCAUGCCGGUCAACUUUAAUGAGCCCCUGUCUAUGCUCCAGCGGCUGACAGAGGACCUGGAGUACCACCACCUGCUGGACAAGGCGGUGCACUGCACCAGCUCGGUGGAGCAGAUGUGCCUGGUGGCCGCCUUCUCCGUGUCCUCCUACUCCACCACGGUGCACCGCAUCGCCAAGCCCUUCAACCCCAUGCUGGGGGAGACCUUUGAGCUGGACCGCCUCGAUGAUAUGGGCCUGCGCUCCCUCUGCGAGCAGGUGAGCCACCACCCACCAUCAGCCGCCCACUACGUGUUCUCCAAGCAUGGCUGGAGCCUCUGGCAGGAGAUCACCAUCUCCAGCAAGUUCCGGGGAAAAUACCUCUCCAUCAUGCCGCUAGGUGCCAUCCACUUAGAAUUCCAGGCCAGUGGGAAUCACUACGUGUGGAGGAAGAGCACCUCGACUGUGCAUAACAUCAUCGUGGGCAAGCUCUGGAUCGACCAGACAGGGGAUAUCGAGAUUGUGAACCAUAAGACCAAGGACCGGUGCCAGCUGAAGUUCUUGCCCUACAGCUACUUCUCCAAAGAGGUCGCCCGGAAGGUAACAGGAGUGGUGAGUGACAGCCAAGGCAAAGCCCACUACGUGCUGUCAGGUUCGUGGGAUGAACAGAUGGAGUGCGCCAAGAUCGUGCAAAGCAGCCCCAGCAGCCCUGGCUCGGAUGGGAAGCAGAAGACAGUGUACCAGACACUGCCAGCCAAGCUGCUGUGGAAGAAGUACCCGCUGCCGGAGAACGCGGAGAACAUGUACUACUUCUCGGAGCUGGCCCUGACCCUCAACGAGCACGAGGAGGGCGUGGCGCCCACGGACAGCCGCCUGCGGCCAGACCAGCGGCUGAUGGAGAAGGGGCACUGGGACGAGGCCAACACGGAGAAGCAGCGGCUGGAGGAGAAGCAGCGCGUGUCGCGGCGCCGGCGGCUGGAGGCCUGCUCACGGGGCUGUGGCACGGAGGAAGAGAAAGAAGCCGAUGUGUACGUGCCGCUGUGGUUCGAGAAGAGGCUGGACCCACUGACCGGGGAGACGGCCUGCAUGUACAAGGGCGGCUACUGGGAGGCCAAGGAGAGGCAGGACUGGCACAUGUGUCCCAACAUCUUCUGAGCUCCAUCCCCUCCUGCAAAUACAGGCGCCUGUACAGCCUGGUCCACCUUUUCUUUAAUACACUCAAUUUAGUACUCAGUGGCCCUCCCCCUUACACCUUUUCCCUUUCCUUUUUUUUUUUUUAACACUUUUUUGGGGCUUCCACCUUGGAAGGAGCAAGUGCUAAUCUGCAUUCUCUCCAGCCCCCAGGUGCCGUGGGUCACCCAAGCCCCAUCAUUUUGGACUUGGGUCCCACUGGGACCCCAGCUCCCAGUUACCACAACUCAGGCAGGCUGGCCCGGGCCCUGGGCUGCCCCAGUCACCAGCCCCACUAAGGGAGGCACUGUCCCCCACUGGGGAGCCACUUUUGACUUUUUUAGAAAAACGAUCUCCAUUUUCUUUCUAGCCAAGACGUUUAGUAAAUAUUUUUAGUACAGCACUUAGCAGACCACUUUCUAAGUGUGCUUUCUUGCCACAAAUGUGUCCUGGCAAGAGCCCCUUCUUUUUAAGACAUCAGGAAGCUAGACCCCUUUGAGCAGGGAGCAUUUUGUAGCUCAACAUAGCAGGGUCACCAGGAGCACAGGACUCCAGAGAGAUGGGAACUGGAAGGGCCACCUGGCCCAGGAGAGCACAAGUCAGUUGUCUCCAGAGCUACAGCAGCACCCACUGUGGGGGAGGGGAUGCCCAAGGGUCCCCAGAUAGAUUUGGGGGUAACAGCCCCUUGCCUAGCUUUGGCCAUGCAGGGGCUGCUCCCCAGCCCCAGAGAGGUCAGGAAGGGCUGGGGGCAGGGCCUGCAGGUGCUCCCCACCCCAGAACCAGGCCCCAAAUCAGCAAUAACAAACACUUGGCUCAGCCUGGGCUGGUGCCCCCAGGCACCAGAGGCCCAGUGUCCUGCCUCAGCCUCAGGCACCUCUGGGGUGCCCAUCUCCGCAUCCCCUGAACUCUUUAUUUGCCUGAUUUAUAUAUAUAUGAUAUAUAAAUAUAUAAAAAAUA